AUGCUUGCAAUAUAUGCCGCCAGCGGUAAUGAUGAGAAUCCUCUUAACGGCCUCAAAGUUGGUCAAGUGCCAUUGCCUACGCCUCCAGAGGGCUGGGUACGCGUUAAACUUCUGGCCUCGAGUGUCAAUUACCAUGACAUAUUCACGCUAAAAGGCUUUGGCGCCCAUCCCAUCAAAUUUCCACGUAUCAUCGGCUGCGAAGGCGUUGGAAUGUUGGAGGAUGGAAGCAGAGUGGUUGUUUAUCCUUUUAUGACUACACCGACUUAUAUUGGCGAUGAAACGCUUGACCCUGGUCGCCAUGCUCUCUCGGAACUCACUGAAGGGACCCUUGCGGAGUAUUUCAUUGUCCCAGAAAAGAACGUUUUGCCCUUGCCAGACACAAUUGAUGUGGUCUCAGGAGCUGUGCUUGGAAUUUCUUGGCUCACUGCCUAUCGUAUGCUCUUUACGAAAUCCGGCUUGCGAGCUGGGCAGACGAUGCUAGUACAAGGAAGCUCAGGCGGUGUUAGUACAGCUCUCAUUCAGCUUGGAGCAGCAGCAGGCAUGCGCGUUUGGGCCACUGGCCGCACAGCCGAGAAGAGGCAGCUCGCUCAAUCACUCGGCGCAGAGAAGACGUUUGAACCUGGGGAACCACUCGCUACUCAAGUCGAUGCCGUCUUCGAUACAAGUGGUGCUGCGACAUGGAAGCAUUCGAUGGCCUCUGUUAAAGCCGGCGGAACAAUUGUAAGCUGCGGUGCCCAUAGUGGAUUUGAGCUGCCUACGGACUCAUUCCGUCUGUUUGUAGACUCACUGAGCAUCCACGGCGUGUAUGCGGGUUCAUUUCAUGAGUUCAAAGAUCUUAUCUCGUUUGUGGCGGCAAAGGGCAUUAAGCCCUGCAUUGGAAAAGUUCUCCCACUUUCUCAGGGUGAAGAAGCGGUGAAGUUGGUUUUCGAGGGUAAAACAUUGGGCAAGAUGGUCUUGACAGCGGGCAGUGAAGUGGCAUAA